AUGAAGCCUGCAGGACUAUCGGCAACAUUCAUUAUGGUCUUCUUACUGCCCUACAAACCCUCCACCGAAGCUGCUCGCGCCGAGCUGCGCCUUGCCAGACUCGCCCUGAGGAUGCAUGCAAGCAAGACCGACUUGCGUUUUGCAACCGAGGACCAGAAGAAGCAGUACGCACGCCUGCUCAAUGCCAAUGUUUGCAAGUACAGCAGCGAGGACAAGAUCUACAAAUUGAUAUUGAGAGCGACACUCCUCUCAUGGGAGCUGCGAAAUCAGGCCAGGGCCGAUAUCCAAGCCGUGAAUGCGCAAAAACCAUGGCUACACUCGGAUUUCCACAAGCAACCCUACGAAGAGCUCGAGAUCAAAUUCAAAUACACCAAGGCCCCCACGCACACAUGCUCGACACAAGAGAUUGGAAUCGCCCCGCCUCAGAUCUCAACCGGUGCCAACAUGGAACUGUGCGAUAAACUGGCCAAGGCGUCCAUCCGUGCCGUCCCCAAUAGCAACGACCGGAAAAUCGAGGAUGUCACGCUCUGGAUUCAGAGUGUCGAGGCGACGAGAAGAACAGGAAAUGUCCAAGACGCCGCGCAUGCCGAUGCUGCCAGGGCGAAAGAGGGGGAAAAGCUCUAG